CUGCUUUGGGCUGCCAUCUUGAACGGUGGCGGCGGAGGUCUGAGGGGACCCGUGGAGCUGUCCGGGCGGUGUGGCCUGACCCCGGAGCCCGAAGCCGCACGAGAGGGUGCUGGCCCGGCAGGGAGAGUGAAAGAAAGAAGAAUGGAGGUUGACUGAACAAAGCUUCCCAGAGAACAUGCUGUAACUCUACAGCACAGCAGUCUCUCUAAGCUUACCGCCUGCUGGCAUCUCACUGGAGAAACCGGCAAGAUCAAAUCUUGACACCAUGGCCUAAGGCUUUCCACCCUUCCGUUUUUUAAAAAAUCUUGUGACAUCCAGCCUGCCGAGGAGCCCUGGUGGGCCUGAAAGCUGCAGUGGUUUUGUGCUAAUUAUGGUUGGUCCACUGAAAGAUGAGUGGCAACAGUAACAAGCGAGCACCCACAACGGCCACCCAGCGACUCAAACAGGACUACCUGCGCAUUAAAAAAGAUCCAGUGCCUUAUAUCUGUGCUGAACCUCUCCCGUCAAAUAUCCUUGAAUGGCACUAUGUGGUACGGGGACCGGAGAUGACACCAUACGAAGGUGGCUAUUACCAUGGGAAACUGAUUUUCCCCAGAGAAUUUCCUUUCAAACCUCCAAGUAUUUAUAUGAUAACACCUAACGGAAGAUUUAAAUGCAAUACACGGCUAUGUCUUUCGAUUACUGAUUUCCAUCCCGACACAUGGAACCCGGCGUGGUCGGUCUCAACAAUCCUAACGGGCCUCCUUAGUUUUAUGGUGGAAAAGGGCCCCACUUUGGGCAGCAUAGAAACGUCAGAGUUCACCAAAAGGCAGCUUGCUUCGCAGAGUUUAGUGUUUAACCUGAAAGACAAAGUUUUCUGUGAAUUAUUCCCUGAAGUGGUAGAGGAAAUCAAGCAGAAGCAAAAAGCGCAAGAGGAACUCCACAGCAGGCCCCCGUCACUCCCGCUGCCAGACGUUGUUCCUGAUGGGGAUGCGCAUCACGGUCAGAAUGGGCUGCCGCUCCUUAACGGGCAUCUGCCAUUGGCCGCUGCUAACCACCCGGGCCUCCAGCAGGCCAAUCGGAACCAUGGACUCCUGGGCGGAGCUUUGGCGAACUUGUUUGUUAUAGUUGGCUUCGCAGCCUUUGCCUACACGGUCAAAUACGUCCUGAGAAGCAUAGCGCAAGAGUGAAGGCGCUUUGCCCCGGUUCCAUGACCAAAUUAGUGGUAGCGGCAGCAAAAAAAACGCAUUUGGGGACACUCUGGGUAUCAGACUUCUGACCCCGGGAUAAAUAACGUGAUGUACAGGUAAAAACAAACAUUGGUUUGGCUCAUGGGUUUAGUUUUGGGGACAGGGAAGGUAGGAACGAUUUUUUUUUAAAAAAAGAACUUUAAAAUUGGAAGCAGAUGUGAUGGGGAUUGAACAAAUAAAGACGGUUAGGAUCCUCUCCCUCUUCCCGAAAUGCCCAGCUUUCUCUUAAGAGUAAAAAAGAGCAAACUCCCAAAGAUUGCUAGCCCACAAAUGGAUCUUCUGUGGCGAUGUUUUAAUUGGCAUUAAAGCCCUGUUUUGUCUCCUGAAAUGCGCACAGCUGUUCAUGUACCACCUGGGGUUUUCCAGAGAUGUGGAAGGUUGUGCCAGACCAGAAAAAGGGAUGGAGACGAACUCUUCCAUCCCUGCUUCUUUUUCAUCCUCUCCUUUGUCCUUGCCCCUUUGCCUUGGAGAGUCCUCAGUUCUGGGGAGGAGUUGCAGAAGAAAAUUCCAGACCCAGGGGAGGGGUGUAAUGCACUUCUCCCUCUGAAACGCCCCCUCUCCUGGUUCACUCUGCUGUCCAUCGUCUAGUUCCCGCCCUAGCCCGUGAAACAAUUAAUAAAAAUGAGAUCUUUCAAGAAGCAUCGGGUGACCGUUAGCAAAGUUCCCUUUGCAAAGGGCCGUGUGGCAUAGUGUUAGUUCUGUGCGUGUGAUUUUUUUUAAUUGAGGCGAGGGGAAACAAAGUUUUAUCCCACUUUUGUCUCCCGAGAGCGUGGCGACUGUGAAACUUGGUGCUAAAAGGGGAAGGAGAAAGUCCGUUUCAUAAAAGGAACGGGGGACACCCUUUGCUGUCUGCAGUAAUCACGGUGAUCCUUGCGCCGUUCAGGAUAACGCAGCGUGUGUUUUUAAGCGUGCAUGUUCUUUGUCCAAAUAGUCAAAAUAAUGUAACUUUUUUUGGCUUGUGCUUUGCGGGUGGUAAGAAGAAGCCAUGCUGCUGCCGGGUACCCAGAAACUGGCCAGUGGACUGUGAAACCGGUCCAGUCUCUGGGGAGGUGUCUCACAAGUGUUUUUAAUGCAGGGCUUUUUGAGUUUGUGUUUGUCAGUGUUUAGUUCUCAAAAGGAACCCCCUUGAUUUAAGAUGCAGUUCCGGGAUACAAUCAUAUUAGUGCUGCAACUGGCCACAGGCUGUCACCUUUCUUUUAAUAUUUUAUUUUAAUAAAGAGAAAAUCCAGAGCAGAUGGUUUCAGAAGGGAUUUGGGUGAAUUCCUUUAACAUUUGGGGUGCUGGAGAAGUGAAAGCGUGACAAACCACGUAGAUUUCUUGAAGAUGCCCCCUUCCCGAUAUUUCCAUAUUGGCAGUUCAGCCCCAUCUCAGUUUGUGCAGUUAGCAGAUUCAGUGGAGCGAUGCUUCUCAUGAAAGGGUGUGUUUUGUGUGUGUGUGUGUGGGGGGGGUCUCUCUCUGUGUUUGAAAGCUGUCCUGUGCCAAAAAGACACUUGCUCAUAGAAAGCUAGUGUGUCAGGAACCAGGAUUCUGCUACCAAAGGAGUUUGUUUUCAGUGUGAUUUGAGAGUAUUCCAAAAUGCAACCUUGCAUGUCAAACUGAACUGGGGAAACACUAAUGGAUCCCGUCUACUGGAUUUUCAUAAGCGGUUCAUAGCUGUAUAGCCCCCCCUUCCCUUGGGGCAAAACUCCCAUCACUGGCUGUGUAAGGGUAGGGGCGCCACUCACAUCAAAGGUCCGAGAAUGUGCCAUUUCAGCAGCCCCAAACUCAAAGUAGUGGUUCAACCUUGCCUGAUAAUAAAACUCCUCAUAAUGUGUAUUUUAAUAGCUAGCCUAGGAGAUGACUUGCAUUAGGGAGUGUGUGUAUGUUUGUGUGUGUGUGUGGGGGGGUGUCUUCUGAAUCCCUCCCUCUAAUUUUUGCCUUUGCCCAGAGGCAGACUGGAGUGCCUUUCCAAACUCUUUCUGACUCUUAAAAGUCCCAUCUAGAAAGUGAGGCAUUCUCUUUAUGAUUCCAGGUUUGUCAAAAGUAUGACUUAAAAUCCAGUAUACUUGCGUUUUUAAUUCCACCCCCCACCCCAGCUCAAUAAAAGUUACCUCCUGUGUUCUAAGAAUGCGCUAUUCCCCCCUUUCACCGCACCUUUUAAAAACCCAAGCUGCUGGUUUUAUCUUCCUUUUUUCUAGCCUAAAAAAGAGAGAACUUUGAUCUCUGCUCGGACUGGAUAAUUUGAGGUAGCUACGAGAAGGCUAAGGGUGUGUGCAUGUUGAUGGGAAGCACAGAUUGAAAGCAUUAAAUAAACCCAUGAGCCAUUUAGGGUAGCGAAACAGCGAAUAUCUGCUUUGACCAAUUUCUCUACAGUAGGUACCGAUUAGGCGACGGCAACUGGAUAGAUCCAUACAAUGAAAAGAAAUAUCUUAAAGAGGAGACCUUAUUUGGGGGGG